AUGUCAGAUAGGCGUGCUGAAAUUCGUGCAAAGAUUAACGACCUACUUGUCCAAAGUGGAGAACGCAAUCGCCUUAAGGACUAUAUCGAGUCUCGACUGAUAGAAAAUGGCUGGACAGAAAAAGUCAAGUCAGCUUGCAAGGAUUAUAUUCGAGGCAAAGGAGUUGAUAAUAUCACAGUAGAAGAGGUAGUCAAUGCAAUUGCACCAUCGGCACGUCAGGUCGUUCCCAUCGAAAUAAAACAGGAAGUCCUUGAAAUGCUUCGGAAAUUUCUGAUUCAGAAUGAUAUCGAUAUGUGA